AGAGGAGGCCCCAUGCGAUGCCUGCACACUUGGUGACCUUCCCAAGUCAUUGGCUGUGUGGGCUGGAGGCUUCUUGAGCUGUUGGUCAGUCACCACAAUGCUUCAAAGCCUUAUUAAAAAUGUUUGGAUCCCCAUGAAGCCUUACUAUACCCAGAUUUACGAGGAUUGGGUAGGAAUGGGUUUGAUGAGCUUCAUCAUCUAUAAAAUCAGGAGUGCUGAUAAAAGAAGCAAAGCUCUGAAAGCUUCGAGUCCUGCGCCUGCUCAUGGCCAUCAUUAA